ACACCACCCAAUAAAAAAACCCAUAUUCAUAAUAAUAAUAAUGUUUUUAAUAAUAGCAACGAAAAAGAAAAUUCAUUCAUUAAAACUUUAAGAAAUAGCAAUAAUAGUUUAACAUUCGAUUAUUGUAGACCCCUUUCACCAAAAACACAUAUAAUAAACAUAGAUAAUAACAACAGUGGUAAUAAUAGCCCAUUAUUAAAGAGAAGCUUUAGUAAUUUAAAUAGUAAUGAUAAUAUAGAGCAACCAAAUCCAAAUAAAAAUAAAUAUAGUUACUCAACAUCACCAAUACUUUCAACCAAUAUGACCUUUAAAUCUUCAACACCACCUACCGUCUCUUCAUCACCCUUUAAAUUAUUUAAAUUGAGUAUGGAUAUCAACGACAACAAUAAUAAUUCAAUGGAUACAAGUAUUCAAGAUGAUAUAUCAUAUGAAAAAGAAGAAAUAAUACCAAUGGAUAUUACAAAAAGAUCAAUUGAUGAUUGUCCAUUAACACCCUCACCUUCAAAAUUAUUUGAAAAACUAUAUGUUAAAACCCCAAGCCCAAAUCGUUCAAAUAGUACUAUUAAUAAUAUAGAAUCACCUGCCUCAAAACCAUUAACAGAACCAAUUAAAAGACAACAAUUAUUUCCAAAUAAGAGAAUACAGGAUAUCAAAUCUGAAAAGAGUGUUACCACAAAAUUAGAUUUAGUUCAUCCAUCAAAAUUACCUAAAAAAAAUAUAUCAUCUUGUUUAUCUUCUUCAUCUUCAACCACCAAACACACUAUAAAACCAUCAUUAAAUAGCACUAAAACCACAUCCAAUAUAACAACACCAAUAAAAUCGACUUUAAAUAAAACUGUAAAUAAAUCUGUAUCUUUAACACCAAAAUCAAUAACAAAAACUACAACAACAACAUUAGGAAACUUAAAAACAGCCACUACCAUUAAUAAAACUCCAUCUAGAAAAUCUAUUGCAACCACUACUAAUACUGCCACCUCCAUCAGUGCUAGUAAACCAAUUGGUUCAACCCCUAGCCUUUCAAAAAGAAACAUUGAGACUUCAGAUAGCACCUCACCAAAGAAUAUGUCUUCAACCAUGGCAAAAGCACUUGCAACCUCAACAACUCCAUCAAAGAAAAUUAGAAUGUCAUUACCAUCAUCAUUAGUAACCACCUCUUCAGUAUCAGCAGUCACACCAAAGAAAUCAACAUUAAAAACCAGUAGUGAUUUAACAACUCCAACAGCAACAGCAACAACAACUACAACCAAAAUAACAAAAACAAAAACAACAGCAAUAACAACAACAACUAUUGCUACAACACCAGUAUCUUCAGGAUCAAACAAAAGAGCAUCCACAAUAACAAAUAAAAGAUUAUCAUCUAUAGCUCCCACCUCUAGAAAAUCAAUUUUACCACCUCAACCAUUAACAGCAGAUGAUGAUUUUGAAAAAAUGAUUCAACAAGCAAUGUUGGAUGAAAUAAAUGGCAAAUAUAAAGGUGGCAGUUUAAUUUCUCAAAAAUCACCAGAAAAAAUUGAACAAAGUGAAUGGUCCCCAAUUAGAAAGAAAUCAUUAUAUAAUGAUCAUGAGAAUUUAUUUAAUUCCGUAUUUAAAAAUAAUUUUUUAAAAAAUAGAAUUUUUUCAAAUUAUAAAUUUAAAAGAUCGUAUAAUUAUGAAAGAUUAGUUUCAGUAGAAUAUAUUUAUAAUAGAUUUUCAAAUGGAAUUAGUAUAAUUAGAGAUAAAGUAAAGAAUAAUGAAUAUUUACAAUUUAGCCAUAAUAGUAUUUCAAUUAUAUUUAAAGAAAUUUAUAAAAAUAAUAAAGAAAAUCAAUUAUUUUAUCAAACCUUCUAUUCACACUAUUUACAAUUUAUUGAUAGACUGGAUGUUGUAAGAGAGGCCAUUUUAAAUUCAAAUCUAUUGGCUUUAAAGCUAAUUUGUCAAGAUAAAGAGGAGAUCGAAAUGGUUUUAAAAUCAAACUGGCCAAAUACUAUUUUUAUCAAGAAUAAUCAAGACUUUAAAAUAUUUUGCUAUAUUAGAUCACUUGGUAUUGAUACAAAGAAAUUAGAUAUACAAAUACAUAAUCAGUUUUAUAUUUUUCAAAACAACUACAAAUUAAAGCAUUUAGUCAAACUACUUGAAAACUUACCAACCAUUAUGAAUAUAGAUAGUACAUUAGCCAUCGAAAAAUCAAAUACAUUUAGCACAGAGCAGUUAGAAUCCAAUAUAAAUAACCUAUUAGAUCAAUAUUCAUCAAUAAUAGUACCUCCACCCCCACCAUCAAAUGAAUUAAAACAAAAUAUUUUAAAAUAUGUAGAUUUAUUUUACUCAAUUUCAAAAUUUGAACAACCUCUAAACUACCACUUAUUGUUUGGAGAUAAACAAACAAUUUUCACAAAAAUUGAAGAAAUAGCUCCAAACCCAAACAUUCUAAACGAACAAGCCCUCACCGAUUUAUUUAGAUUCAGCAGUUAUAAAGUAGAUAAUAGUUUAUAUUUAAUUUUAUUUAACCCUCAAAAGGGUUCCAGCAAAACUAAAUAUUUUAUAAAAUCAAUUUUCCAAAGUAGAAACAUAGAAUUAAUUGAAUUUAUAAUAGAUGAAUACCAAAUGUUUGAUCUAUUAGAUACAUAUAGCAGCUCAAUUAUUUCAUCAAUUACUUUAACAAAAGAAUUAGAUUUCCUUUUCAAGAAUUAUCAAGAAAUCUUUUUUAAAGACAAUGAAAACAUAAAUUGGCUGUUUAUCAAAUCAAUUCCUCUUUUAGAACAUUAUGAAAUGCUAAUGAAACAGUUAAAUAGUACCUUCAAAAUCAAUACAAUUACACCAGUUGAACUAGAACCUUUUAAAGAGAAUUUUGAAUUAUUAAAUGACAACAUAGUAUUGGAAAUUCUAAAUAGAAUUUUAAAUGACAACAAUGGUGAAAUAUUAUCAAAUUAUGAAAAUAUUGAAAUGAAUUUUAAUCUAGACCCAUUUAGCUUUAUAAUAUCAAAUAAUCUAAAAAGAAAUACUCCAAAAGAAAUCAAAUUAUUAAUUUCAAUUUUAAACACUGGCAAAAUCAAAUCAUUUAAUCUUAGGGAAAUAGAACAAUGCAAUAUGAAUCUCUUGGAUGGAUGGAUACUGGAUCAUUGUAUAACGCCACUACCUACCCAAUUCCCACAAUUUAAUAGAGAAGUUAUAAAAUUAUAUAUUCUAACAUCAAAUAACUCAACAGUCUGUGUAUCAAUCUAUGAUAGAACGGUCAUAAAAUUUUUGUACUCCUGUGGUCGUUAUGAUGAAAUUUUAAUGUUCAAUGAUUUAGAACUCUUUACAAUUACAAAUGAAAUCAAUGUCAACUAUCUAAAUGUUGAUUUUGUAAAUCAAUUAUUCAGUAACAUCUAUAGUUUGGAAUAUAGCCCCAGAAAUGUUAGAAUCAAUGGUUUUGAAUUAAAUAAAUUCUUACGAGAUUUAGUAUUGAAUGGAUGUUUACCAAUUUUACAGCUACUAUCUUCAAGAUAUGGAAGAGUUUUUGAUAUAAUUUCAAGAUCAAACUCAGGGGCAUAUUUACAAAUUGCAGAUUUAAAGAGUUUAUUCAAAUUAUCUAUAAGAUUAGAUAAUUUAAAAAUUUCACAAAUUUUUUUGAAUCUGGGUGGUAUAUUAUCUAAAGAAGAAAUAUUAAAUGAAGGAAAGGCAUAUAGCAUUUUAAAUGGGAAAAGAAAUAUUAGUUGCAGCAAUAUAAUAAAAGAUCAUCAAUUUUUACCAUCCAUUUAG